UCGUCGUCGUCGUUGUCGUCGUCGUCGACGUCGACGUCGUUGCUGUCGCCGCCGUCGUCGUCGUCGUCGUCAUCGAUAUCCUUGCAAAUGAUUAUACGGGGGGCGCGUUUCUGUCGCGCGCAUCCUUUUUCGAUAUAGCGUAUCGUAAUCUAAAUCGAGUGAGUUAGUGACGUCACGCGCGUUCACCACGAGUCACGAAUUCGCGCGCGCGGCAAGUGCAUCGCGGCAAGUGUUUCCUCUUUCCCUCUCUGUUUCCCUCCCUCUUGAUCCGCCUUUCCCUUGGUUCAUUCGGUCGGUCCGCGGGUAGUUUUCUCUCUCUUGGGGAAGUCUCUUCGAAUCCCCCACGGAACGGAACGGCCUUGAAGCGGCGUCCUUGGGAGCGGCCUUGGGAACGGCCUUGGAAGACGCGCACGUUGUCGCGCGCGCUCUUUUAACGUUGACUUUCUCGAUCCACCACCACCACCACCACCACCACCAGCACCAGCACCAACAGCACCACCACCUUCGUCAUCGUAGUCGGAUACUUUAAGCUAAAUUAUGACGUAAAGAAAAGUACAAGACGACGACGAUCGGUUCGAUUUAUCGGCCCUCGGAAUGUGCUCUUCCUUUGAAACCUACGCCGACACGCUUUUCCCUUGGAAUCGCCAUCGACAUGAAUUGGCAUCAUUGACGUCGUCAUCGGAAGUUUAUGCGACAAAGAGUGUUGGAUGCACUUAUCUGAACAAGCCGAGAAUUACACACGUUCGUCGAGGGGUGCGUAAAAACAGUGACAGCGUGCUAGUGGAUACAGAUCCAACUCGAGUUAGCAACAUGACGGCCAUUAACUCGGGUCCGGUCGGGGAGGUGGGCGGCGUUAGGCUGCCACUGCAAUCCUUAAAUGGAUACGGGUCCUUGUUCAUGUACUCGUCGUUAACGAGUCCCAACGGUGGUGGCGGCCAGGCUACUGGAGGCGGGGGCGAAGUCACCCUCCGCCUCCGCGAACCGGAGGACAUACCGGAGGAUGUGCUCGCUCGUCUCGACGACACUGCCACCCUUUCCAUCUCCCUUCAAGGCGAUGCAGUCCUGAGGCUAGGGGCGGCUGCCGCAGGAAAUGGCAGCUUGGAGCUGUUCGAUAGCGAGAGUGGGCCGGAUCUCACGUUAUCGCCGCAAACCUUUACAUCAACGGCGGAAGCUUUCAUCAACGAUAAUAGCGAUAGCCUCGGUGUUCCGGGAGACAACGAUACGGGUAGCAGCGAGGAAUCGAAAGCGGGCACUGGUGAUCCCGGAAAACGAGGAGUAAAGAGACCAAGGUCAAAAGCUUCCUCGCCGGUCAGGCAAGGACCACAGCAAUGUCAGGUAUGCGGGAAGGUGUUCAGCAACGCAUCGGCGCUCACGAAGCACAAAUUGACGCACAGCAACGAGAGGAAAUAUGUGUGCCUGAUGUGCGGAAAGGCGUUCAAGCGGCAGGACCACUUGAACGGUCACAGGCUGACGCAUCGAAACAAAAAGCCGUUCGAGUGCAAGGCCGAGGGUUGUGGAAAGUCCUACUGCGAUGCGAGAAGUUUAAGAAGACACAGAGAAAAUCAUCAUGCCGGUAGCAAAGGAAACGAGAGCGUCAAUCCGAGCAGUCCGACGACAGGGCCUAACACGCCAAACACACCUGGUUCCAAUCCGAGCACUCCUAGUACGCCUGGUGGCACUUCGACGUCGAGCGGACACGGGCACACUGCCUUGAAACAACUCUUAGCCACGGAACCAACGAACCAACAACAAAAGAGUGCAUCGUCUCCGGGUGCCAGCAACGAUGGCCUCACGAAACAACAGCUUGAACUUAUUCAACAAAUCAUGCAACAAACGCAGCAGCAACAACAGCAACAACAACAGACGUCAGCAAAUGGUUCGGCAAUUGCACCGAGCACCACGCAAAUCCAGAAAAGUCAAAAGCCGUCGAUCAAAUCAAACGCAUCGCUCAGCAAUCUAUCGAAUAAUUCCGGAAGUUCUAACACGCCUAAUAACGCGCGAUCCAGUCCAAAGCCGAAAGCUUGGAACCACUCGCAGCAACAGCAGCAACAACAGCAAACUCAACAGCAAACUCAACAGCAACAACAACAGCACCAGCAGGCUCAGCAACAGCAACAAGUUAAUUCGCCUGGAAACGGAAACGUCGGAAAGGGUAGUCUCUCGCCGGGAAAUUCAACCUCUCCUGGAGCAAUUGUUGCAUCAAAUAAAUCUCAGGCCGAACUGAAACCAGUGCAGUGUAAUUUAUGCCAUAGAAAAUUUAAAAACAUACCCGCACUCAAUGGCCACAUGAGACUGCAUGGCGGUUACUUCAAAAAGGAUGCCGAGAAUAAGAAAAGUGAAAAAAAAGAAGUCGUCGGACCGCCUUUACAAACGGUCUCUAAUAGCGUCAGAGCACUAAUCGAGGAGAAGAUCAUUCAAAAGAGAACAACCGCUGCGGACGCGAACAUCAAUCAGCAACCUCGAGUGAAUAAUAGUAACAUAUUUACGAGUCAAGUAGAUAACGGCUCUCAAAUCAACGGAAAAACCAGCUUUGCUGUACCAGCACCUCCACCUUUGGCAACAAGCGAAAAAGUACGUAGGUUUUCUGAUGGAGAACACUUUCGGCAACCGAACGUCACCGUAUGUGGGCACACAACUGUGCAAAAACAACUUCAGGAAGCGCAAACGCAAGCACAAGCGCAAGCACUGGCCGAUAUGAUACUGAAGAAUACCACAAAGAUGGCUGUUAAAAGAACCACAUCCGAUCCUGGUCAAAGAUUGCAUCUUACGUAUCAAUCGUCGGUGCAAUCUACGACGAGUAGUCAACAACAACAACAACAGCAACAACAACAACAACAACAACAACAACCUCAAGCAACAUCCGCCGUUACAGAAUCCUUCACAAUGGCAGGAUACUCUGAAGAUGGUGGUUACUUCAGCCCAAGUUUACAAGAUGAAGUAUUUCAGCAGGUUACAACUGUAUCAGAUAGCGUUCUUCCUCAUGCUACUCAAUUGGAUUCUAUUCAAUUUCAGACUGCGAACUUAUUGCAAGAACAAUCUACUGAGCAAUUGCAAGACAUAACGCUUGAAGAUAGAUAUUCGUCGCAACACACGGUCAAUCCAGAUCUCCAGGCCUUAGUAAACUCACCGCUCCCAGAUUCUUUGGCAGAAUUUAGUACUUACGGUGCCCAAUAUACAGAAAGUCCGCACACGUUGCCAACGCAAUCACCGCUACCAUCUCCGCUUACAAGACAUGACAGCCCUAGUUUUACAUAUCCAACGCCACCGGCCAGUCAGGAAGGACUUCUUACUGGGAGUCUUCCUUUGUUGAGUCCUCAAGAAGAUCCCGAAUCGGUCCGUCAAGUUUCAUCGCCUUUAUCCGCGGCUUUUUACACGACAACGAUGUCUUCGGCGGCGGCGGUGGAAGAGGCUUUAAGCGAAGUAUUGCCUGGUGAAUCGGAAGCAGAUGCAGGUCUUUACGGAUCUCCAUCACCAAAUCCACAUUCACCGCUCCCAAGUCCACUAUCGGCAACGCCAGCACCUUCUCCUCUUUCAUCUUUGCCACCAUCAUCGGUGUCUUCUCCGGGACCUGUCACCUUUACUAAUACCAAUUUUCCCGUGUCACCUCAUCACGCUCUCCAAAGUCAAAUGAUGCCAAAUUCUGAAGAUCCGCUCUUAUCGUCGACACCAAAAGAUUUCACAACCUCUAGUCGCCGUAGAUUCGAAUUCCAAUCUUACAAACUCGUAACCAGUCAAAAUCUCGUCGACUUUGGCUUAGGAAACGGUAGCCUCGCAAGCAUAGUCGUCGACAACAACGGCGAAUUAAAACUCAUUCAAACGGCAGGUUUGCCGAAGACAAACGUUCUCGUGCAAGCGGGUUCCCUUAGUCCAGCGCUUGCAUUCAAGAAAGAAAUUCGACUAGCUACACCAAAAGUCGAGCCUGUUACCGUAAAUCUCGGCCUAAACGUACAAACGCAAAAUCAAUUUAAUGCAGGACAAUUCAAUCAGCAGCAAGUCGUUAAUCCGGCCAAGUUUUUAAUUCAAACUACUCACGCCGGAAAAAACAAUAGUUUAAGACAAAAUAAGGGCAUGAUAGGCAAUCUUUCGAUACCGAUAGAACAGAUAAAGGAAGAACUGUUGGACGAGGACGUUUUUCUUAGUCCUAGCAGCGUUUCCGUUGACAGCCCGAUGAUGCGACAAUGCAGGAAAAGGCAACGAAUGGAUGGCCAAUAUUCCAACAGCUCCUAUUCAUAUCCAUCAAAAUUAAGGAAACUCUGCGAUCGGCAUUGGGACAGUAGUUACACCCCACCGCCCAUAUUGGAUCCUACUCGUCUUGGUUCGGGGCUUUAUGCGAGACUGCAUCAAUACGAAAAAGAUUCGGAUUUCAGUUCGGAUGAUUCUCAAGGAAACGAAGGGCCACCACCAAGAAUCAACAUAGGCACCAGAUAUCAACCCACAAUUCCACCAUUAGGUUCCGACGUAGACAGAGGAAAAGGAGGACCCGAAGAGGACCAUCUUCUUUGGGAUCCAGGCAUAAAUGAUUUAGUCACUAACAACGAGUUGGAUAUGUACUUACAUUUUGCCUGUUGUGCCGGCAUACCAGGAGGCGGAAGAAAUACGGAAUAUGCGCUUCAUUUGUUACACAUGUGUAAAGGAAAUAUUCAUGAAGCUAUGCUGAAAUUGAUGAGACCAACGCCCACGUUACCUUCUGAACAUCCGUUGCUCAGCCAUGAAUGCCAUGAAUCAGACCGUUGGACAGCACACGAGAUGGAUACGUUCUAUCAAGGAUUACUUAAUUAUAAUAAGGAUUUUUCAUUAAUUUCACGAGACUUAGGGACUAAGUCAGUCAAGCAAUGUGUGCAAUUCUAUUAUCUCUGGAAAAGACUUUGUUCCGAUGAUUAUAAACGGCUACGCGUUCACCACGGAAAGGCCAAAAUUAAAAUUGAAAAUAAGGAUUGUAACGAUAUGAGAGAGCUUCGCGACGCCAUUUCAUCCGUUACAGAAAUGGACUUCAACGAAGAGAAAUCGAUCCUUCAUCGUACUCUAUUACAGACAAACGAGAGAGAAAAUUCAGCGACUUUUACUACCAGCGAAGGAGAAUUAAGAUUAUUCGCCUAUGACUGCCCCGAUAGUUUUCAACAAAGUGAAAAGCAGAAGCGCACACAUGAAGUCACACAGGUCAAUACCAUCCCCCGAUUCUACGGGUCAGGAGUCUAAACGUCCGAUGCAACAAUCGAAGCUGCAACAAUUGCAGCAACCGAAUCAACAAGUAAGACAACAGCAGCAGCAAGAGCAACAAAAACAG